CUAAUAAAAGGGUUAAAACAUGCGCCGGAUAAAUCGUGCAUCAUCAUUGUAUCCGAUAGCCACUAGCACGUGCAUUUCAUUACACCGCAUUGGAGUUUAUCAUCAAUGCUAAAUAGACUGGCACAAUGAAGAUGUUUAUCAUUUUGAUGCUCGCUGCUGUGACAGUUGCAUCUGUUUGCAGUUUUGUCUCUGCGGAGGUUGUAAAUAACAAGGGCAUGUACUCAACAAAGUAUGAUAAUAUUGAUAUCAACUCAGUUAUCAAAAACGAAAGGCUACUUAAUAAUUAUGUCGGCUGUCUAAUGGACGAGAAACCCUGCACUCCAGAUGGUGCCGAGCUUAAAAAAAAUCUUCCAGAUGCUCUGGCAAGUGAGUGCGCAAGUUGCAGUCCAGCACAAAAAAAUAUCGCUAAUGUGAUGUAUCAUCAUCUAAUUGAUAAUCGUCCGGAUUUAUGGUCCAAGUUGGAGACUAAAUAUGACCCAUCAGGUGGUUAUAGAAUACGUUACCUCAACCAGAACCAGAAUGAGGGAAAUGAAGAGGAAAUUAAGUCGACGACAAUGGCUAUUUAGUAACUUGGUAGUUUGUAAAAUUUGAAGCUUAAAUAUAUUUCGGGUGAAUGGACAAAUAAAUUAAUAAUUCAAUGAUUGAUGAGUCAUGAUUCAUGAUAUAUGUGACUGUAUUUAUAUUCAAAGUGUGUGUCUGUUUGUUAUUGGGUACGUUUACUCCAUACAAAAAUAAAAUUAAAAAUUUACGGCUCCUAAGACGGACGAUUUAGUGACAAGUUACAUGCGAAACUGAUGGUUCACCUAAGUACUGGAUGUACAUAACGUAACGUGUAACGGAACGUGGGUGGGCCUCAAUACAAGAUAUCCCCCUCCGUAUACCAACAGCCAGUCUUCCCGGAAUUCCACAUAGCAUAUAGUAUUCUUUGUGAGUUGUGCUGGUUGCGAGAGAGAUGAUUGUACAAGUACAAAGAAAUAGAAAAGAAGAAGAAAAAAAACGAUAUUUUUAAAGCCGCCAAGGGUAAAUCCGCCGAAUGUCAUAAACAUUAUAAAUAUAUAUCCUUACAUAUAUGUGCAAAUAUCUCCACGUGGGCUGUACAACCGAGCCGGCGUAAUUAUUUAAAUAAUAUUUUAUAAAAUUAUAAAUUUUAUCUCCGUCGACUAAAUACGGGUAGACAUGUCUCAGCAUGAUAACUUAAACUUGUGCAUAGGGCGGCGGGUAGUAUGGGCACUGUAUAUAUUUAUAAAUGGAUUUUACUUAGAAGUAAAAAAAAAAAGGAAAAGGAAAAAAUUAAAGGUUGAAGGAAAAAAGGAAGGUUAAAAAUGGAUGUCAACUUUUAUUCUUCGCCCCCAUCUUUCUUGACGCGCAAAUAGAAUAGUACAAUUUUACAGUCCCCUGAGAGGUCUUUGUGUUAGUGCGUAGGUAUACAGCAAUAUAAUGGAAAGAGUGAAGUAAAGUAAGGAGGCAGGGAAGCGCAGCGAACGAAUUCGGGUUCGGUACGGGGACGAGGAACGAACAAACUCUGAAAGUCUCUUCUUAACGCGUGUUGGGUGGUCCGCCGCUCGCUGUUUAUGGGCCACUGCAUCUGCGCUAGCCCAGGCUCCACUCGUACCAUGUAUUACCCGAGCCCGCGCUCGUUCUUUGAGCGACGCUCUGUGUGUGGUCUACGCGCGCCCGGCCUAUACAGGUAUAACUUCUCUCCUUGGUUUGCUAUAUAACUCGGCUAUAACUGAACAACAUAUAACCCAAUACAACGUAUAUAUAGUACACAUACGCACAUGAUGUUUACCGGGUCUCUUACUCUUACUCCAAGUUGCUGGGUCUAAUGUACAUUCAAUUCACUGCUUGUUAAUGACUUGCCCGUAUUAACGUGUUAUAUGUUUGCGCGCAUUCGGCCUUACUCAGCUUUCCUGAAUAAUUAUUUUCGCUAUUACUUGAGCCUACUUUACAUACAAUCCUCCAAUCCCGGCUUAUUAUGACUCUCAUUGGCUUUAAAAACCCCGUCGCCGGGUUUUUACACGGUAAAUAAAUUUUUAAUUCAACAUUAAAUGCCUCUUAAUUAAUGACUCUGUCCCAAUUACCGGCGUUUCAGUCAAUAAAAUUUUUUUAUUAACCAUUAUACUAAAAAAAAUAUAUUCUAAGUAAUAAUUAAAUAUUCGCAUUGACGUUGCGUAAGUCAAUGCCGCGCUCAGCAAUGAAUUAUUUAAAAAAGCUAAAUAAAAUAAUAUAUAUAAAUGUCAGUAUAAAUGUUACGUUGAAAGUUAGUUUAUAAUCCUUAGAUUUAAGUCCCGAUUAAAGAUUCGUUUAUUACUUUUUUUUUUUCUCUAUCAAACUCUAGGGAGAUCCUAUCAAGUUAUAAUCUACAUAUAAUUGACCGCAUGCAGAUAUAUAAUUUUAUU